AUGGACCCCAUCGCGGCGGCGAAGCGGGCGUACGACGACUACCUCGCGAUGGCGGCGGCCUCGGCGAGGGCCAUCGCCGGCGACGUCGACGACGUCGACGACGGCGGCGACGACGACGACGCCGAGCGGCGCCAGGCGUCGUCGUCGAAGCGCGCGCGCGGCUCGGCGCCCCCCGCGCCCGCGCCCGCGGCGAGCGCGAUGCCCCCCCCGGUCGGCGUCCCCGCGUCCUCCGCCGGCGCGGCCGCGCGCGCCGCGUCCGACAUCGCGCGCAUCGAAGCGCUGGAGGAGGAGCUCGAGGGCGCGCGCGGGGCGAUGCGCGCCAUGGGGACGCGACACGAUGCGAUCGCGGCGAAGCUCGCCGCGUCGGAGGCGGCGAACGCCGACCUCGCCGCGCGCCUCGCCGCGGCGGAGGGCGCGGUCGAGGCGGUGCGCGAGAACGCGCUCGACCAGGCGUCGAGGGCGCGGCGGGAGGGGCGGGAGCAAGGCGCGCGGCGCGCGUGUGAGAUGUACGGGAGCGAGCUCGCGACGGUGGCGAUCCCGCGCGCGACGCAAAAGAUCAUGGAGCGGGUCCGCGACGAACGGUAG